AGCAUCUAUGGAGCCAGUGUGAAGUUCAAUUCGUUUCAGCGCAAGGUCUUUAUACCAGGACGCGAGAUACAUGUGCGAAUUGUGGACACGGAGCGGAGUGUCACGACACAUCUACUUAAUCCCAACUUGUACACCAUAGAGCUGACCCAUGGUCCCUUCAAGUGGACCAUUAAACGGCGCUACAAGCACUUCAAUUCCCUGCACCAACAACUCAGCUUCUUUCGCACCUCGUUGAAUAUUCCGUUUCCUAGUCGCGCGCAUAAGGAGAAGCGCACGACCUUGAAAGCCGCCGCCAGUCAAAUGGCCGAUGAGUCCACGCUGAAGGAUCUGCCUGCCCAUACCAAAGUCAAGCAUUCCAGCACGCCCAUAAAUAGUGCACAAAAUCGCACCAAUAACAACAAUAACAACAACAACAACAACAACAACAAUGAAGGAGCUGUUUCCAUCAUAAGUCCCACACAUAGCUCCAUUCUGUCCAGUCUGACGCCUCGGCGCAGUCAGCGGAAACGCAAGAAAAAGAAACGGAAACUGCCGCGUUUUCCAAAUCGUCCCGAAAGUUUAAUCACCGUGGAGCAUCUGCCAGUGCGGAUCAAACAGCUGGAGGAUUAUCUAUAUAAUCUGCUUAACAUUAGCUUAUAUCGAUACCAUCAUGAGACGCUGAACUUUGUGGAGGUCUCGAACGUGUCGUUUGUCUCCAAUCUGGGCAUCAAGGGCAAGGAGGGUGUCAUACUGAAGCGCACCGGCUCGACACGUCCCGGCCAGGCGGGUUGCAAUUUCUUUGGCUGCUUUCAGCGCAAUUGCUGUGUGAGAUGCAACUACUUCUGCUCGGAUGUGGUGUGCGGCACGUGGCGCAAUCGCUGGUUCUUUGUGAAGGAGACAUGCUUCGGCUAUGUGCGACCCACAGAUGGCAGCAUACGCGCCGUGAUACUGUUCGAUCAGGGCUUCGAUGUCUCCACGGGCAUCUACCAGACGGGCAUGCGCAAGGGCCUGCAGGUCCUCACGAACAGCCGCCACAUUGUACUGAAGUGCUGGACACGGCGCAAGUGCAAGGAAUGGAUGCAGUACCUCAAGAAUACGGCGCACACAUAUGCCCGCGACUUUACCUGCCCCAAUCCGCACAUGUCGUAUGCCCCCAUGCGUGCCAAUACCCAGGCCGUCUGGUAUGUGGAUGGCGCCCAGUACAUGGCCGCCGUUGCGGAUGGCCUCGAGGCCGCCACGGAGGAGAUCUACAUAGCCGAUUGGUGGCUCAGUCCGGAGAUCUAUAUGAAACGUCCCGCUCUGGAUGGCGACUACUGGCGGCUCGAUAAGAUAUUGCUGCGCAAGGCCAAGCAGGGUGUGCGCGUAUUUGUGCUGCUCUACAAGGAGGUGGAAAUGGCGCUGGGCAUCAACAGCUACUACAGCAAAUCCACGUUGGCCAAGCAUGAGAACAUUAAGGUCAUGCGGCAUCCGGAUCACGCACGCGCUGGCAUUUUGCUGUGGGCGCAUCACGAGAAAAUUGUGGUAAUCGAUCAGUCAUAUGCAUUUAUAGGCGGCAUAGAUCUGUGCUAUGGUCGCUGGGACGAUCGGGCGCAUCGUCUAACCGACCUGGGCAGCAUUUCGGCAGCCUCCGUGUCGGGCAGCGCGCGCUGCACGCCGAGCGCGCACUUCAACAAGGACGAGGUGGACUCGGCCUUUGGCUCGCGGAAAUCCUCACGCAAUGCACACUACGAGUCCAAGGCCAAGGAGCCCGAGAGCGUCUCGCCUGCCAGCGAGGAGCCCACGCAGAAUCUGACGUCUGGCGUGGAGCUGCGCACGCUGAAACCCGGCGAUCGGCUGCUCAUCCCGGAGCUGCUAUCCGCAGCGUCCAGUGAGCUGGCCAUUGACUCAACGGCGCUGGAGGGCAUGAAACUGAAUACGCCCGAGAUGGAGCGCAAGAAUAUGCUGGAUCGGCUCAAGAAUAAUGCAAUGAAGGGCGCACGCAAGGGCAAGGACUUCAUGCAGCGUCUAGCGACCGGCGAGACGCCGGACAAUACGCUGGAGCCGGCCGAGGCGGAGACGGUUGCCAACGAAACAGCAGCAGCUGGAGCUGGCGAAGCAGCAGCAGAAACAGUUGACCCCGCGGAUGUGGCACAAUGCUCCAGUUCGGCGGCGGCUGCCAAUGCGACGGCAGCCAACACACAAAUACUCAGCGAGUUCUAUGGCCAGGCCAAGUAUUGGUUUGGCAAGGACUACUCCAAUUUCAUACUCAAGGAUUGGAUGAACCUGAAUGCGCCCUUUGUCGAUAUCAUCGAUCGCACGACCACGCCCCGCAUGCCCUGGCACGAUGUCGGCCUCUGUGUGGUCGGCGCCUCGGCACGGGAUGUGGCACGGCAUUUCAUCCAGCGCUGGAACGCCAUGAAGCUGGAAAAGCUGCGCGAUAAUGUCCGCUUUCCGUACCUGAUGCCCAAGAGCUAUCACCAGAUACGGCUCAAUGCCCAGCUGCAGCAGCUGCAGCAGCGACGACAGCAACGCGUCACCUGCCAGCUGCUGCGCAGCGUCUCUGCCUGGAGCUGUGGCUUCAUCGAGGCGGAUCUCGUCGAGCAGAGCAUACACGAUGCCUACAUCGAGACGAUAACAAAGGCCCAGCACUAUAUCUACAUUGAGAAUCAGUUUUUUAUCACCAUGCAGCUGGGCAUGGGCGUUUCCGCUGCCUGCAACAAUGUCCGAAAUCAGAUUGGCGAAACCCUCUUCAAGCGCAUCGUGCGCGCCCACAAGGAACGCAAGCGCUUUCGUGUUUAUGUGAUAAUGCCCUUAUUGCCGGGCUUUGAGGGCGAUGUCGGCGGCAAUACGGGCAUUGCUGUCCGUGCGAUCACCCAUUGGAACUAUGCGUCCAUAUCCAGAGGUCGCACAGCUAUCCUGACACGCCUUCAGGAAGCGGGCAUCGCCAAGCCGGAGAACUAUAUAUCCUUUCACAGUCUGCGCAAUCAUUCGUAUCUGAACAAUACGCCGAUUACGGAACUGAUCUAUGUGCAUUCCAAGCUGCUAAUCGCCGAUGAUCGUGUUGUCAUUUGCGGUUCGGCGAAUAUCAACGAUCGUUCGAUGAUCGGCAAACGGGAUUCGGAAAUUGCGGCCAUUAUCAUGGACGAGGAGUACGAGGAUGGGCGCAUGAAUGGCAAAAAGUAUCCGAGCGGUAUCUUUGCCGGCAGAUUGCGCAAAUAUCUGUUCAAGGAACAUUUGGGUCUAUUGGAUCUGGAUAGUGCGGCGCGCUGUGAACUAAACAUUAGCGAUCCGGUCUGCGAUCAGUUCUGGCAUAAAACCUGGCGUCGCAUAUCCACCAGAAAUACGGAAAUCUACGACGAGGUAUUCAAGUGCAUACCCACGGAUUUUGUCAAGACAUUUGCCAGUCUGCGCAAAUAUCAGGAGGAGCCGCCGCUGUCAAAAACAGAACCCGAAUUGGCCGCCAAGCGUGCCACAGAAAUUCAGGGUCAUCUGGUUAAUCUGCCGCUGGAUUUCCUCAACAAGGAAGUCCUGACGCCGCCCGGCACCAGCAAGGAGGGCCUCAUACCUACCUCUGUAUGGACAUAGUCUGCCAAAAGUCUUUAAGACGUAACUAGUUUAAGCUUAGCCAGCAAAAGAAACGAAAAUAAAAAUACUGGUGUAGGUACAGUCGCGACAAAAACUAUGUUGACUGUUUAGCUUAGUUUUCUAAUUAUGCAACCCACCAAAUGCGCUUAAACUUAUCAAGUUGCUGUUUGCCAAGUCAAGUAAAACUAUAAAGAUUGUACAUAUUUAUAAAUAUAUUUUGUGUAGUAGUUAAAAAAAUCUAUAAGCUAUUUUCUGUUUGUCUUACAGCUAGCUAAUUUAUUUUACGGUAUAUCGACGUCCCCCUAUUACGAUUAAGAUUUUAUUGUUAAUGUUUGUAAUUUUAAAAACAGUAUUCUAGACAAACUAAAGCGCAAUUAUAUUUUUUAAUAAAAUUCCAUAA